GCCAGGGUUGGCGGUACAGUAAGGAUCGACUCUCGGUGCGGUGCCCAUCCUAGAAAAAAUUUCUUACGCUUUGUUUAAUCGGACGUGCAAGACGAUUUUAGUUUGAGAUUUUUUGAAAUUGGCGCGCUUUACUUUACCACGGUUUCCUUAUAGCUCUAGGACAAUCAGUGUACAAGAAUAGUGACUAUAGAUGUAGAUUAACAACUUUUGUUUGAAUUACGGAAUUCUUGGAUUUUUUUAAGCACAAUUUUACUGUAGCUGGCUAUAAGUGCUUUUGCGGCAUUUUGAAGUUUCUUUUCGAGUCUACGCUAGGUGGUUUUGUAUUACCGCCGAUUUAUAUAAGGACAAUUUCUUGCUUGAUAUACCAAUGGGGAACGCGGUUGAGGUUCGACAGUGUCCUCACUCCUGCGAGGUGGUGAAAUAAAGAAGAGUAAGAAGAAGAAGCAGAAGAAGAGGAAGAAGCAGUAGGAGAAGGAAGAAGCAGGUAGAAAGUAGCCGAGUUCGUGUCCGAAGCCAGUCUGCUGAAGAUUCUGCAACGAGUGGAAGGUCCUCCAGAAGAAUCACGAACGAACUUCAGUUUGACGUUAGAUGUCAUCAGGCUGUUUCGAGAAUUUGAUUUUACUAUAAAAGAAAGAAAAGCAAGUGCCUGGAAAGAAAGAAAAAUGGUGGCCAAGACUCAAAAAACUAAACUAGUCGCCCCCGAUGGUGGUUGGGGUUGGGUCGUACUUGUAUCCGCUCUUGUGGUCAACUUCUUAAUACCAGGAACAGUGAAGUCCUUCGGCGUCUUCUUCGUCGAGUUUCUUCAGGUGUUCAAAGCGUCACCUACUGCAGCGUCAUGGAUGCCGGCACUAUGUUAUUUCCUUUAUAGCUUCCUAGGACCACUCUCCAGUGUCCUAUCCAUGAAGUAUUCUUACAAGACGGUAACUAUUAUUGGAGGAGCGUUUGCUGCUAGUGGAAUGAUGCUAAGUUACUUUGCAAACUCAGUGACCUACCUCUAUUUCAGUUAUGGACUUAUGGUGGGGAUUGGAGCAGGAUUAUCGUUUCCACCAACUGUUUAUAUAGUGACAUCCUAUUUCGUGAAAUUACGAGGAUUUGCCAAUGGACUUUGCAUCUCUGGUAGUGCCAUUGGUACCAUAGUACUUCCGCCCUUUCUACAAUACCUCCUCGACAAAUUCGGAUACAGGGGUGCAGUAUUAAUUAUGGGUGCCAUUACUCUAAAUACUCUGGUUUGUGGACUUCUUUAUCAUCCUGUAGAACAACAUAUGAAAGAGGUUCCGAUUCCCAUUGAAGAUGGCGUUGAUAACCAAGCCCUCUCAUUGGACGAAGUUGCACUGGAUAAGAAAGAAGAGAUGGAACCACCGAAAUCGGGGAAUCCCGAAGAGGAGACGGCCCGUCGAAUGUCCGAAGUGUCACUUGGUCAAGAUAAAACAGUAAUUUUUACUGUUGUGGAAACGAUUAAUGAAGAGGAAGAUCAGGUUGAAGAAGUGGUACCUCAAAAAAUAGAUAAUGACGAAGAGCAAAGUAAUGAUACUGCUACCGUAGUGAAUGAUACUGCAGAUACGAGAGCGGAAAACGGCGACCCUCCUUCUGGAAAGGAGCUUAAUGUAAUCUCAGGGCAGACUCCACAGACUAGUCGAAAUAAUUCCAUACGUCAUAGCAUGAAGAAUGAGACCUCUUAUCGUCUAUCCAGACAACACAGUAUAGUCUCAGAAAUGGGUACCAUAGCGCUGAGUCCUAAGAUGAAUGUGCCACGCAUGUUUAGAAGAAUAUUCAAAGCUCAACCAUCUAAAAAAGCAACGAAUAAGCCAAGUAAGAUAAAAAAUGUGAAAGAUACAGAAUCUCAAGAAGAUUCUAGCAGCAUGAAAUUCUUUGACUUCAGUGUUUUACGUGAUCCUAUGUACUUGGUCAUACUGAUAUCAAACUCGACAUCAGCGAUUAGCAAUACUAAUUUUAUGAUUCUUUUACCAUCGUAUGCUAUUUCUCAAGGUUUUGAUAAAAACAUGUCUGCUCUUUUAUUAUCUAUAGUCUCUGCCUUGGAUCUUGUAGGUAGGAUCGGUGGAGCCUCAUUAUCAGACAUAGAUUUUAUACCAAAGUACUAUUAUUUUGUCGGAGGGCUGGGUACUAGUGGCAUUGCUUUGGCCCUUCUACCAAUGGCUAGUAGUUAUACCAUGUUAUCAUUUUUCUGUGCACUUUUUGGAUUAUCAUCAGGCAUGUAUAUUGGUAUUACAACAGUGAUACUUGCAGAUAUGCUGGGCACAGAAAAACUUAGCUCAUCGUAUGGUAUUUCAUUAUUUGUAAAUGGUGUUUUACAACUGGUGGGUCCACCAGUAUGUGGUAGUAUUUAUGAACAAGUAGGAUCAUACAAACCAAUUUUUCUAGCAUUUGGAAUAAUCCUUAUAUUAGGAACAGCCCUCUGGGCAGCAGUACCGAUCAUAAAAAAAAAUAAGAAAGUUGUCGAAGGUGUAUAAGUUCUAGAAAUUAGAUUAAUUUGAAAAGAGUAUACGCCAGGAGAACAAUGAAGUACUGACAUUAUUCCUGGUCAAGACAUACCAGGAAGAUAGAACAACCCAAAAAGGGUGUCACUCAAGUGCAGCUCUCGUAACAGGGAGAUCCAAGCAUUUUAGCAUAAUGACUUUUUCAUACUGCAUUUUUUUAUACUGAAAGAAAAGGCAGAGUGAGCUGCAUGCAAACUGACAAUUUAUAUAUUAUAUAAAAAUCAUAACGCAGGUCGUCACGACGACCCAAAGGAACAAUUUGUUACUGACAAAUUUCUUUAAAAUAAGUCUACACUAAAAACUCUUCAGGUAUCUCAUAGUUUUCCAUCAUCCCCUAAAUGCGACUAAACAAGAAAUCUAUUUUUACUCAUUCAUCCCCAACCCUGUUUCGUAUUUGUGUAUCUAGUCAUACGUUUAAGAAUGUACAAACGCACUGCGUAGCGUUCAUGGUCAGCAUAAAAAUGACAUACUUAGUAAAAACGUAAUAAUCGAAUACAUACUAUAAGCGUAGGUUGGUCCAUGUAAUAUCUCUUGGAUACCAAAAAGUCGGACAUUCAUGAUGAUGAAGGAUGCCGCGUCUCGUUAAUCCAAGAACACGUAACAAGGUCACGUCAAAAUUAGUUGUACUAAUAAUUGAUAAAUAACUAUGUAAUUAACGGUAGAUAUCGUGACACCGAAUUUACCGAGUCCCAGUGUCAAGAGCCGGAAUCAACCAAUGAAACCGUUAAUAACAAGGACAAUAACAUUAGUACGAGUGGGCGGCCAUAA